AAAAAACUGCAUCAGAAAUAACAACAUUCCUCCUCCCUCAAUUCUCUUUAGACAAUUUUUUUGGGUGUAUAUACUAUAUAUUCUCCUUAUUAGGCCACUUCUUUUUGUAGAAAGCUUCGCGUAAAAUUUCUCCUCUUUUUUAUUAAAUCUUCCAACUUCCUCUCUCUUACACACAAAACCAUGGGAGAAGACAUUACUACUAAUAUUCAUCUUCAUGAUGAUCAAUUUGCAGAAGAGGCAGAAGAAGAAGCACUUUCUCUUUGCGACCUUCCCUUAGAUUUAGAUACCAAUAACAGCCCUGGAAAUGAUCACUUGCAAAAAAUAUUGUAUGCCCAAUCUCGAAGAUCAUCAUCCGAGGAUGCCUCUGAUGAAUUGUUUGAGUUUCGCAGCGACCUUAGCUCCGAUAUGUGCCCAGCUGACGGUAUAAUCUUUUGUGGCAAACUCAUUCCUUUGAAACAACAACCCCUUUCCUUUCGAACACGGGAAGAUUACCCUUUGGGAGAAAAGAGUAAAAACCUUGUUUUACGCAAACGAUCUGAGUCACUUUCCGAGUUACGCAGCAGCUUCAAAAACAGUACUACACUUCUCAGGAACAGUCGUUCCUUGGAUUAUCAAAAGCUUUACAGUUCUGACAUGGAGAUGAACCCUUCCACAAGAAGCGUCGAAAAACCUGAGAUUUCACCUAAAAAAGAAGUUAAGCCAAGGUGGUAUGUUUUCAUGUUUGGAAUGGUUAAGUUUCCACUGGAAAUGGAGCUUAAAGAUAUCAAAAGUCGACAGUUCCGUCGGAGUCCGUCGGUUAUGUUUCCCACGGUGGAAGAUGGCGGCAAGAAAUUUGUUGGUAACCGGAACUCCGAUAAGGGUUUUUCGUGGAGCUUGUUAAAAGUGUUGAGUUGCAGGGGUCAUACUAGCGUUGCUGUAACAUCAUCGUUCUUGGACGGCUCAAGCCUAAUAACACCAAGAUGAACCAAUUCCCAGUAGUUUGUUUGUUUGGGUUUUUUUUUCUAAUUAUUAUUACUACAAAUUUUUAGUAUGUUUGGUGGGCAUAGGAAUUAAUGAUAAUCACGAGACCCCCGACAAGAACAUUAUGGAUCAUAUCGAGGAUAUUGAUUAAAUUAAUUUUGUAAUACUUAGAACAGAAAAUAUCAUCACUCUGGGAUUUUUUUUUUUUAUUU